AGGUUAAAAUUUGGAGUUUAGGUCUACAAAACGACACGUCAGUGUGGGCGUUAGCAGUGUUCCUUUGGGUUUGGCAAAACAAAACCUUGGUUAAACCCUGAUUGAAAUUUGCAAGUUGCAAGUUGCAAGAGAGAUGUUUGGGAGGGGAACGGUGUGGUCAGUGUUGAGGCGCGGCAAAGAAGCAAUCGGAAUUCCCAAGCUAAGAGGAACGACGACGUCUUUCUCUUCUUCAACCCAAACACCAGCUUUGAAGUUUCUAACCCCUCCCGUCGCCACCCAUUACAUUUAUGCUUUCCGAUCGCAACUUAUUCCCAAGGGUCAUCAUGUUCGUGUAUCAUACACAAGGAAUUUUUCUAAGAUGGUGGCUGCUGGGGCUCAACACAAGGAAGAGGGAUUGAAGCUACUUGUGAGUGGGGGUUCUCAUGCACAGAAAAUGGUUGGAAUAUGGCUCUUUGGCUCUGCAGCAUGGGUGUUCAGCAUGGUGAUGCUUGGGGGUUUAACCAGACUCACACGAUCUGGUCUUUCAAUGACUGAUUGGAAAUUCACCGGCACUCUCCCUCCUUUGACAGAUGAGGAAUGGUUGCAAGAGUUUGACAAGUAUAAGGAGUCACCUGAGUACAAACGUGUCAACAGAGGCAUGAAGAUUGAAGAAUUCAAAUUCAUCUAUUGGAUGGAAUAUGCACAUCGUAUGUGGGGAAGGGCAUUAGGAGUUAUGUUUGCUUUGCCAUAUUCAUAUUUUCUUCAUAAAGGGUAUAUUACCCUGAGAUUAGGACUUAGACUCUCUGCUCUUUUUGGCCUGGGUGCUGGCCAGGGUCUCAUUGGUUGGUGGAUGGUCAAAAGUGGUUUAGAGGAACCACCAUCUGAAUAUUCUCAGCCAAGGGUAAGCCCUUAUCGUCUAGCAGCUCAUCUUACAUCAGCAUUUGCUAUUUACUGUGGCCUCUUUUGGACUGCACUUUCUGUUGUUUUGCCUGAACCACCCACUGAAUCCCUGACAUGGGUUCGUGGGGCAGCUAAAGUGAGGAGAUUUGCAUUGCCUAUCAGCGUGCUUGUUGGUCUUACUGCUGUCUCUGGUGCAUUUGUUGCUGGAAAUGAUGCUGGGCAUGCAUUCAAUACUUUUCCAAAAAUGGGUGAUACGUGGAUACCGGAAGACAUUUUUGUAAUGAAGCCUCUGAUUCGAAAUUUCUUUGAGAAUACAUCAACUGUACAGCUUGAUCACCGUAUACUUGCAACUGCAACUCUGGUUUCAGUGGGAAUUUUAUGGUGGUCAACAAGAAAGCUGGACCUACAUCCUGCUAUACGAUCUGUGAUUGGAGGCACUGUUGGCAUGGCAGCUCUUCAGGUCACCUUAGGAAUUUCAACUCUUCUUUCAUAUGUUCCUGUUUCACUGGGCACUGCUCAUCAAGCUGGAGCCUUAACACUUCUGACAUUUAUGUUACUGCUUAAUCACACCGUUCGAAGGCCAUCUUUGUCCCUUCUCAAAUCUCUGCCACAAGUUGUCAAAACAUACUAAUUGUUUCUCAGUAUUAUAUUGCAUCAAGAAUUACCCUUUGAAGUUGACAAGUGCUGACACUAUUAAUUUUUCCAUGCUAAGUUUGCCAUUGAGUUCAUGGUUCAAUUUUCCGUUGUUAGAAUCUUCUGUCUUUGGUUUCUGCAUUUGAAGCCAUGAUAAUGCAACUGGUUUGUUAA